CUCGGUGACUUGGUUCGGUAAUUUAGCCUAAUCGAUUACGAUUCGAUUUUGAUAAGCAUGCAGUCUAAACCCCUACGCCCUAAACUUCUCGCGCAGCCCCCAAUCACUCCCUUCUCUUCGGACACGCUCUCAGCUGUGGUCACCGAACCCCAACCCUUACCAGUGCCCUCACUUCACUUGCCGUCGCCGCACCGUUAACCUCGCCUCCGUCGCGCCUCUUCGCCGGUCGCCGAUCGCCUCUGCCGUGCCGUUUCGUCCGUCGCCGUUCUCCUCGCCGUCCUCCUCACCGUUACCUGCUUGUUCGUCCCUGCCGGUGCGUCGCUGCUCUGCUCUUUCGUCUCUGCCGUUUGCUGCUCCUUCGUCCCUGCUGGUGCGUGGCUGCUCGGUCUUCUUGCUCGUUGUAAAUUAGUUGGAGGGAGGAGGACUCACCAUAUGGAAAGCUUUACCCAACAGAAGGUUCAAAGAUACGAAGAAUUCGUUGAUCGUCGCUUGAAACCUGAUCUUCAACGUGCUAUUGAUGAGCGGGACAAGGUCUUUGAACAACAGAAAAUUUUUGCUGAUUUGCGAAGAAACAUUGAAAACCUAGAGAAGAAUAGUGUUACCAGUCUAAGAACUCUGGUCAAUCUUGGAUCCGAGGUGUACCUGCAAGCAGAAGUGCCCAAUACACAAUAUAUUUUUGUGGAUGUAGGGUUGGGAUUCAAUGUUGAAUUUACUUGGUCUGAAGCUUUGAACUACAUACAGAAAAGGGAAGAAAGGAUAACUAAGCAAAUAGAUGAGUACAAUCAGUCAAUUGCAUCAAUUAAAGCGCAGAUCAAGCUGGUUCUUGAAGGGAUUCGAGAAUUACUACAACUUCCAGCUGAGAAAUCAUUACCAGAGCGGAGUUUUUGAUGCUUACCGAGGAUAAUUCCAGAUCAUUCAUCUUUAGUCUCUUCUGAACAAUUGUAAAUUCUGGAUCAUUUAUGUUUAGUCUCGUGAACAAUUGUAAAGGAACAAUGCAAUGCAAUGAUGUAAUCAUGUGAAACAGGGCAAAGAUUGGUAUUUAUCCAGUACGAAACGUUGCAUCUUUUGGUCUUAUAAUGAUUAAACACGAAACGAAAACAUUGAUUAAGAACCCAAA